AUGAAAACUUCAAUUCUUAUCGCAGCCAUUAGCUUCCUCUACCAGUUACCAUAUUCGGCUGCACAGACCUUGAACAUUGUCGCACAUCAGGAUGAUGAUCUACUAUUCGUCAGCCCCGACGUUCUGCAUGAAAUUCAGGCUGGUCGCAGAGUUCGCACCGUGUUCCUAACUGCAGGCGAUGCAGGGGAGGCUUCCACGGGCUACUGGGAGCAGCGUCAGGCGGGCUCUCAAGCCGCAUACGCGCAGAUGGCCGAUGUCAGUGACAUCUGGACGCAAUCGGACGCUGGCAUUAACGGGAAGAACAUUCCCGCCUUUACACUCGAUGGAAAUCCAGAUAUCUCACUGGUCUUCCUCCAAUUGCCCGAUGGCAACCUUGGCGGAAAUGGAUUUCCGAAUACCGGAAGUGUCAGCCUCCAGAGGCUCUGGCAAUCGGAAAUCAGCAGCAUCCAAACGGUGAAUGGCUCGACCAGCUACACAAGUGACGAGCUUCUUGAUACACUGGCUACUUUGAUGAGUGAUUUCAAUCCGGAUCGGAUCAAUACUCUGGACUACGCCCAUGAGUAUGGCGAUGGUGACCAUAGUGACCACUACACCACGGCGUAUUAUGUGCAAAAAGCAGCCGAACAAUACUCCACUGCUCAUACCUUGACUGGGUACACGGGAUAUCCAAUCCAAACGAUGGCUCAGAACGUGUUUGGCGAUGAUCUCAAGGCUAAGCAAUCCGCUUUCUUCACCUAUGCUGCGCACGAUUCCAAAGUGUGCCAUGACUUAGCCGGCUGUGGUGAUGGCAAUGAGGCACAGUGGCUACAGCGACAGUAUACUAUCACUGAAGAGCCCGUAGCGAAUGCCCGUCUCCUUGACAACCGUCGGACGGUUGGGUUGGGGGAGAAGGUCGUGCUCGAUGGUACGGCAAGUAGAGACCCCAACGGUGCCGCCCUUACUUAUCAAUGGACACAGAUUAGAGGAUCGGAUGUUGCCCUCUCCAAUGCCACCACAGCGCAGCCAUCAUUUACGAGUCCUCAAUCCUCGGAGAUACUGGGGUUCCACUUGGUGGUCGGAAAUGGAAAGACAAGGAGUACGCCAGCAGAGGUGACGGUUGUUACAACCCAUCUAGAAAAUGUUGCGCGCAGCGCAGCGGCGAUCGCAUCUUCGCACGAUGCUGGCAAUGGCCAGACAGCGGACAAGGCCCUUGAUGGAACCAUAGAUGGUUAUCCAGGAAUGGUAAGCAAAGAAUGGGCAACGAUCGGUGGAAAAGCUGGGAGCACUUUGAGGCUCUCAUGGGCCAAACCACAGUCGAUUUCCGAAGUCUAUCUCUACGACCGCCCCAAUGUCGAUGACCAAGUAAAUGGCGGCAUUCUUCAAUUUGAUGAUGGGAAUAACAUUACCGUUGGCGUACUGGACAAUUAUGGGAAACCCAACAGGAUUCACGUUGGGGGAAAGACCACGCGCAGUCUCGUAUUCACAGUAACGUCCGUUAGCCCGUCCACUCGUAAUGUUGGCCUUGCAGAGAUAGAAGUAUACGGGGCUCCAUCCGGCUGA